AUGGGGAGCACCAUGGAUCCCCCUGGGGGUCCCUACCUGAACCUGGGAGCUGUCACUUCCCCAGUGGGCACCACCCGCCUGCUACAGCUGGCAUUUGGCUGUGCCACCUUCAGCCUCGUGGCACACCGGGGUGGCUUCGACGCUGCCUAUGGGACCUUCUGCAUGUCCGCCUGGUGUUUUUGCUUUGCCCUCACUGGUCUGGUGGUGGCCUUCGAGUUCACCCGCCUCCAUGGUUGCCUUCGUCUGUCCUGGGGCAACUUUACUGCAGCCUUUGCCAUGUUGGCCACCCUCCUGUCAGCCACGGCCGCCAUUGUCUACCCUCUCUACUUUACCAGGCUCGAGUGCCCCCCGGAGCCAGAAGGCUGCACGGCCCGUGACUUCCGCCUGGCCGCCAGCGUCUUUGCGGCGCUACUCUUUGUAACGUAUGCCACUGAAGUGGCCCUAACUCGGGCACGGCCGGGCCAGGUCACCAGCUACAUGGCCACGGUGUCAGGCCUGCUGAAAAUCGUGCAGGCUUUUGUGGCCUGCAUCAUCUUUGGGGCCUUGGUCCAAGACAGCCGCUAUGGGCGCUUUGUGGCCACUCAGUGGUGUGUAGCCGUGUACAGUAUAUGUUUCAUAGGCACUGUGCUGGUGGUAGCCCUGAGUGUGACCGGCCGGGCUGGAACCCUGGGCUUCCCCUUUGACCGGAUAGUAGUUGUGUACACAUUUCUAGCUGUACUGCUUUACCUAAGUGCAGCUGUGAUCUGGCCUGUCUUCUGCUUUGACCCCAAGUAUGGGACUCCUUCGAGGCCCUCAGGCUGUCCCCAAGGAAGCUGUCCUUGGGAUAGCCAGCUGGUGGUAGCCAUCUUCACCUAUGUCAACUUUCUCUUCUAUGUUGCUGACCUUGCCUACUCCCAGAGAAUCCGCUUUGUGCCCAGUCUAUAAACCCAAGAGAGCUAAUGUCUCUCUCUACCCACCCACCCAUGGACACACACACACACACACACACACACACACACAAAUUCUCCCUUCUCUCUCUGACUUGAGGGAAGGAAGAGGUGUGGGGGGAGGGGAGAACAGAAGGAGAAUGUCUGGCAUGGAGCUGCUGAGCCUUGAAGGAGGGAAGACUGAGACAGGGAGGGCAACAGGCUUAGAUAGGAAAGACUUACGAGAUUGACCUUGGGAAGGCCACAAUCAAAGAAUGGAUUGGGUGAGAAUAGCCCAUGUGAGGAUUUAUUAACCCACGGAAAGGGUGUGACUCUAAAUGGGGAGGAAAGAGUAUUAUAUUGUCUCCCCAGAACUUAUAUAGCUGGAACAGGACAAUUUACCUAAAACCCAUUUGCCUCAAAAUUAUUUGCCUUAUAGUAUGAGCUCAGUAGAUGAGUAUGUAUGUAGAAUGGUUUUCAUUAUUUUGAUAUCACACUAUCAAUGUUGUUGUUAUUAUUGUCUUAAAAUUUAUUUCUGGAGACUGGCUUUUUAGCAGAUGAUUGGUCUGGACCUCCCUUCUUGGAUACCCUCUAGUCCAAUACCCUCAUUAUAUAGGUAAGGAAAUGGAGGGCUAGAGAACUUGUUCAAUGUCACACCACUGAUCAGUGGCUAAACUCUAGCUAAAUUCCAGGACUCCUGACAUCUAGUCCAGCAUUCCUUCCAUUUUUCCUUGCUAUUUCUUGGCUAUUCACUGAGCUAAUAAGAAGUAUAGGUUGGGGGCAGCUAGGUGGAGAAAUGGAUAAAGCACUGUCCCUGGAUUCAGGAGGACCUGUGUUCAAAUCUGAUCUCAGACAUUUGACACUUACUAGCUGUGUGACCCUGGGCAAGUCACUUAACCCUCAUCACCCUGCAAAAAAGAAAAAGAAGUUUAGGUUGGAUCUGGAGGGCAGCCAGGAGGAGAUUGGGGAUGGAGAUGUGCACCAUUUCUUACAGAAUGAGAACCCAGCUUAAGAUACCCUGGAUCCAGAUCCACUACUGCCUGGCAAGAACAUUUUGGGGCACAGAAUGCUGUGGACAUGAUGCAUUGCACUCUGGGACUUUUCCAUGUCAUGAAGGCCAAUGUGUCUUCAGUAGUUUGGGGUAAAAAAGACUGGAGUAUCUUGAGUAACGUAGUUUCCCACUUAACCUUGGUUCCUGGACUUCUGGAUUCCCAUCUUGAGCAGCAAGUUUACAUUCAAUUAAACUAGUAUCUGCCUUCUAAGAGGUCACUACUAAAGAAUCCAGAAUGGCCCCACACCAUGGAACAGAACUGAUCACACCAUCUUAUGACUCUAUCUUGGCUUCACCCCCAUUAUUCUUCAGCCUAUAGCUCCAGAGAACUUGGGCUGAGCAGCUGCUAAGUUCUUCUUAGUCUUUCAGGAAGUACCUAAGAAUGGAAAUAAAGUAGAGGAAGUUGAUUUGUACCCUGGUUCUGACUGUUUCAUUUCAUUGGAGUGUCCCUCCAUCUGCCUAACAUAUUACAGACUCAGUCACAGCAUAUUAGAGCUAAAAGAGACUUUAGAGAUAAUUUACUCAAAUUGCUUUGUUUUAUGGAUAAGGUCUAGAGGAAAGGAAGAGACUUACCCAAGGACACAUGAUUAGCAAAUUACAGCUUCCUUAAAUUCCCUAGAUAGGUCCUCUUCAUGUCCUGUUCCUUGGGGCAAAGGCCUAGCUGAAAGCUCCCCAAGUUACCUCCACUUCAUUCUCCUCAGGAAAAAAAGAUUCAUGCAUGUUCUCAAAAUGUAGGGAUACAAUAGAGGUGCUAGUCUCUUCAGACCAAAGGGCUUCUGUGUACAAUCUGCCACCGAGAAAGGAAUGAAUGGAAAGAGGAAUUUUGUCCCCCUCAAAGACCACAGUACUCUGGCUAAGACCUCUUGGCCUCUGGCUAAGUUGUCUCUGAGCCUGUAUAAGGAAAGAUUUACCAUUUCCUUAAAUGAGUCUUCCCAGCAUCCCCAAUCCCCACUUCCACGAAAGCUCGUUCUCCAUCAUUAUCAUCAUAAAUAACCAUGUAUUAAUUGCUUGCUAUAUACCAGGUUAAGCACUGGGCAUACAAGGAAAAGCAAACACAGGGUUCCUGCCCUUGAGGAGCACACAUGCUUAAUGGGGUUUAUAUCUCAGAGUCAGGGCUCUUUAUCCCUCUUCUGGGUGGGGAGCUACCUGGUUUCUAUAUCAAGCAGGUUCUCAUAAUUCUUAUAAGCUGUUUCUGGAUAAGCAGGGCAGAGCUUGCAACAGAAUAGGCAUGGAAUGUGACCCCAGAUCAGGUAGUUUUCCCAGCAACUGCUAUGAAACCCUGCCAGCACAGUGUCAUAUCUGUUCUAUUUUCACAGCUUCAACUAUUACCCUAUGCAAAUGACACAAAUUUCUAUCUCUGGUCUCUGAGGUGCCAGUCCCAUAUCGCAAACUGCCUCUUACUCAGCUCCCUCCCUCCUUUCCUUCUUUCUCCUUCCCUACCUCCCUU